ACCAGCAGUGCCUUUGCUCUUUCUCUGUGCAAAGCUCAUUCUGCGGGCUGCGUGUCUUUCGAGAGGACUGCCAAGCGCACAAACUUUUUAAAAAACCAUCUUGUGCGUAAAAACCAACAACCGGGAUACCAAUACCAAUGGGUCACCCUCAUCGCAGCGUUUCAGGACACAAUAUUGUUGUAGACACGGAAAGCAGCUUUGUCUGAAUUGUUCAACAACCCCAAACAAUCAGCGGCUGGGCGAGUUGCGAGAUAAAGCGUCCGGAGGGAUCCAAAGAGAGAGGCGAUUUAGGUCCAAGUCAGGAUGUCUGUCAGCAACCACGAAAACAGAAAGUCUCGGUCCAGUUCCGGCUCCAUGAACAUCCAGCUCUUCCACAAGACGUCCCAUGCUGACAGCCUGUUGACUCAGCUCAACCUGCUACGCAAACGGAGAGUCUUCACAGAUGUUGUCCUCAAGGCCGGCAACCGGGCGUUCCCCUGCCACCGGGCCGUCCUGGCCUCCUGUAGCCGGUAUUUUGAGGCCAUGUUCAGCGGUGGCCUCAGGGAGAGCCGCGAUGCUGAGGUCAACUUCCAUGACUCUCUCCACCCGGAAGUGCUCGAGCUCUUGCUUGACUAUGCCUACUCAGCCCGAGUCAUCAUCAACGAGGAAAAUGCUGAGUCACUCCUAGAAGCUGGCGACAUGCUACAGUUCCAUGACAUCAGGGAUGCCGCGGCGGAGUUUCUAGAGAGGAAUCUCCACCAGUCAAACUGUCUGGGGAUGAUGCUGCUGUCAGACGCCCACCAGUGCCAGAGACUGUACGAGCUGUCGUGGAGGAUGUGCCUGGCAAACUUUGCUUCCCUGUACAGGACAGAAGACUUCCUCAGCCUCCCCAGAGACAAAGUCCAGGAGCUGAUCUUCAGUGAAGAGCUGGAGGUGGAGGAUGAAAGCCUGGUGUACGAAGCUGUCAUCGACUGGGUCAAGGCUGACAUGGAGCGGAGGCACAGCGAACUGCCCGAGCUGUUACGUUGCGUCCGUCUGGCGCUGCUCCCCGAGACGUACCUGCUGAAGAAUGUGGCCUCGGAGGAGCUGGUGAUGGGCCACAAGGUGGGACGGGAGAUCGUAGAGGACGCUGUGCGCUGCAAGAUGAGGAUCCUUCAGAACGACGGUAUUGUAACAGGCUUCUGUGCGCGGCCCAGAAAGGUCAGCCAGGCCCUGCUGCUCCUGGGAGGACAGACGUUCAUGUGCGAUAAAGUCUACAUGAUUGACAACAAGACCAAGGAGAUCACCCCUAAAACAGACAUACCCAGCCCCAGGAAAGAAUGCAGUGCCUGUGCCAUUGGUUGUAAGGUCUAUGUUACUGGCGGGCGUGGGUCUGAGAACGGAGCUUCAAAAGAUGUCUGGGUCUACGACACGCUACACGACGAGUGGUCCAAAGCUGCACCUAUGCUGGUCGCUCGGUUUGGACAUGGGUCUGCUGAGCUCGACCACAUGCUGUACGUUGUGGGGGGGCAUACGUCUCUUGCGGGCUCCUUCCCAGCUUCCCCGUCUGUGUCGCUCAAACAGGUGGAGCAGUAUGACCCUCAGACCAAUAAAUGGACCCUGGUGGCUCCGCUCAGAGAAGGCGUGAGCAAUGCUGCCGUGGUCGGUGCCAAGAACAAACUUUUUGCCUUUGGCGGCACCAGCGUCAAUAGAGACAAAUUCCCCAAGGUGCAGUGCUUUGACCCGUGCCAGAACCGGUGGACGGUACCGGCCGCCUGCCCACAGCUGUGGCGCUACACGGCUGCGGCGGUUGUCGGCAAUCACGUGGUCGUGAUCGGUGGGGACACAGAAUUCUCGGCCAGCUCUGCUUACCGGUUCAACAGCGAGACGUACCAGUGGUCCAAGUUUGGCGACGUGACGGCCAAGCGGAUCAGCUGCCAUGCGGUGGCGUCAGGAAACAGACUGUACGUGGUCGGGGGCUACUUUGGGGCUCAGAGGUGCAAGACACUUGACUGUUACGACCCUUCAUCUGAUUCUUGGGACAGUGUGACCAGUGUGCCCUACUCACUCAUCCCCACCGCCUUCGUCAGCACAUGGAAGUACCUCUCAGCCUAGAGAGAUGUACAGACUCGCUGAGGUUUCUAUGAUCCGCGGUGGUGUCUGGAAUGCAGGCGUGUGUCUCCCUUCGGUGGCUAUGGAAUGCUCUAGAGGAGGAGGAGUGGGCGUGUGUGUUCCUGCCGUGGGUCCCGUCGAGCCUUGCAUCACAUAUGUGGAGGACCAAAGGCUCGGUUUGGGGAGACCGGAGGCCUCUUGUGUGACUUUCCCACGUUGCAACUAAAGCCCGAGCUGCCCCGGUUGCCAUGUAUACUGCAGGGACUUCUCAGCCGUCUCGAUCCAUCCAGCACACUGACCGCAGCCCAGAAACUGACAGAUAGCAUAGAUGUGUGCUCUGGGCAUUAGGAAUGUUUGGUCUGCCAGCUAGCCUCGGACCGGUCUCUGCAUUUAAAAAAAAAAAAAAAAAAAAAAGGGAAACGGCUGCCUGCAC